CCUCCCAUGUGCUCAGACUGGCGCUAAAAGUUUUGAGCUUCUCAAAAGUCCAGAGCCACCAUCCUAGGCGCAGGUAGCUGCGGGUCUCUUAGGGGCACCUGGCGACCGGUCUUGGAGCGUGCUUCCCAGGACAGUGACACGCUCCCCCCAGGACGGGAGAUCAGAGUGUUAUCUGGAACACUGCCAUGGAGGAACCACAGUCGGAUCUCAGCAUUGAGCCUCCUCUGAGUCAGGAGACAUUUUCAGACUUAUGGAACCUACUUCCUGAAAACAAUGUUCUGUCUCCCACACUGUCCUCUCCCAUGGAAGAUUUGCUACUAUGCCCAGAUGUUACAAACUGGUUUGAGGAAGACCCAGAUGAAGCCCUUGAAGUGUCGGCAGCUUCUGUAGCAGAGGCCCCCACACCAGCAGCCCCUCCACUGGCGGCCCCUGCACCAGCCACCUCCUGGCCCCUGUCAUCUUCAGUCCCUUCUCAAAAGACCUACCAUGGCAACUAUGGUUUCCGUCUGGGUUUCCUGCAUUCUGGGACAGCCAAGUCAGUCACAUGCACGUAUUCCCCUUCCCUCAACAAGCUAUUCUGCCAGCUGGCAAAGACCUGCCCUGUGCAGCUGUGGGUUGACUCAACACCCCCACCUGGCACCCGGGUCCGCGCCAUGGCCAUCUACAAGAAGUCACAGCACAUGACAGAAGUUGUGAGGCGCUGCCCCCACCAUGAGCGCUGCUCUGAUAGUGAUGGCCUGGCCCCUCCCCAGCAUCUCAUCCGAGUGGAAGGAAAUUUGCGCGCAGAAUAUUUAGAUGACAGAAACACUUUUCGGCAUAGCGUCGUGGUGCCCUAUGAGCCUCCUGAGGUUGGCUCUGACUGUACCACCAUUCACUACAACUACAUGUGUAACAGCUCUUGCAUGGGAGGCAUGAACCGGCGGCCCAUCCUCACCAUUAUCACACUGGAAGACUCUAGUGGUAAUCUGCUGGGACGGAACAGCUUUGAGGUACGUGUGUGUGCCUGUCCAGGGAGAGACCGUCGCACAGAGGAAGAAAAUUUCCGCAAAAAAGGGGAGCCUUGCCCUGAGCCACCACCAGGGAGUACUAAGCGAGCACUGCCCACUGGCACCAGCUCCUCUCCCCAGCCAAAGAAGAAACCACUGGAUGGAGAAUAUUUCACCCUUAAGAUCCGUGGCCGUGCACGCUUUGAGUGGUUCCGAGAGUUGAAUGAGGCCCUGGAGCUCAAGGAUGCCCUGGGUGAAAAGGAGCCAGGGGAGAGCAGGGCUCACCCUAGCUACCUGAAGUCCAAGAAGGGGCAGUCUACCUCCCGUCAUAAAAAACUAAUGUUCAAGAGAGAGGGGCCUGACUCAGACUGACAUCCUCUGACUCUUGUCCCCCAUUCCCACUCCUGUCCUCCUUCCCUAGCAUUUUAGAACUUGGGUGCUUGAAUCCCUGCUUAGUAUAGGUAUACCUCAGAAAUGCAUUGUCCUGGAGUUCCAUUUAAGUCAGCCUGCACUGGUGUUUUGGGGAGAGGUGAGAUCUAGGACAUACCAGCUUAGCUUUGAAGGUUUUAACUGUGAAGAGUACUGGGGAGAGGGAAGAAAAUGUUCUUGCGUGUAAAGGUUAACAUACAACCAGCCAUACGAUGGGCUGGAAGCCCCAUUCUCCAACCAUGUUAACCAGAGAAGCUAUUUCAAGUUGUUUAAUUUCUCCUAACUUCAAUACCCACAUCUAUGAAGCAUUGAUCAUCAUACCUACCUCACGGGGUUUGUUGUGAGGGUUAAUGAAAUAACGUGUGUCUGGUCUUGAACCAUCUUGUAUUACCUUGUGGCUGGGACUUGGCCCCCUUGUGGUUGUUGGUUGCCUGCUCCCAUUGGGGGGAUGGGUUGAUGGUUUCCAAGAUUGAGCAGCUGGUUAAAGGGAAGGAAUUGCCAAGUCUCUGCUGGCCCAGCCAAAUCCUGUCCAACCUCUUGUUGAACCUUGGCACCUGAAAGGAAAUCUCAUCCCAUCCCACAAUCUGGAGGAUUCCAUCUCAAGCUUAUGUAGGGUCUGUGUCCACCAAGAUCUGUUUUACUUCCCCCACAUGCUCAGGGUCAGGUUUUUGGGGUUUGGGUUUUUUUUUUAAUUUUUUAGUUUUUUUAUCUGUUUGUUGGCAUCCUACAAAGCAAAUCUGCAUUUGUCACCCCACACCUUCUCUCAUUUUAUAUCCCCUUUUUAUAAUGAUUUCUUGUUUUACAAUAAAACUUUGCUACCA